UUCCGUAAACCGUCAAAUCAGAAGAAGAAAAGAGAAGAGGCUGCUACAUCAACGAAGAAGAAAAGACCCGGAGCAGGAAGUGUAUAUUCAUCGGUCCCAUGUGUUGCUUUUCACCCGUUCAUUCAUUCUUGAAACGACAACUUCAGCAGCAGUGCACACUGUAGUCUUUGUACGUUGUGUUUUUUGGAGCACGAUAAAUUAUAAUUUUUCCCAAAUACGCCAAAGACGAAAACGGUGGUGUCUCUGUAAGCUAACUGUAACGCUAGCUAGCUAACGUAGAAAUCGCGCUAAAGUUGUUCGCAAAUUCAGAGCAAGUCAGGUGCGAUUUCUGAAUGAAAAGUGCAGUGGAUACCAGCAUGAUCAAGGAAAAUCGAUGGAACAUACCCCCCAAUGCUCCAGCAUGCAUGGAGAAGCAUCUGUGCUCGGCGCAAUACAGAGCAGAUGGCACCCUGCUGCUUGGUGCCUCCAGCCUCACUGGCAGGAGCUGGCAGGGAUCUGUGUGGAUCUACAGUGACCCUGAGCAGGCCCCUAAUGAGGGAUUCUGUAAAGCUGGUGUGCAGACUGAGGCUGGUGUCACAGAUGUCAAAUGGGUGUCAGAAAAGGGUGUAGUUGUUGCAUCAGAUUCGGGUGCAUUAGAGCUCUGGGAACUGGCGGAGGAUGAGCGCCUGCUAGUGAAUCGCUUCACCAAGCAUGAGCACGACCACAUUGUGACCACAGUGAGCCCCAUAACUGCAACGAAUGGUGCCGUCACUGGCAGCAUGGAUUGCAGGAUUAAAGUAUGGGAUCUCAGUCAGGAGACGGUUGUCACCACCUACAGUGUGCACACACAGCCAGUCAGGUGUGUUGCCUGCAGUCCUACAGACGAGUCUCUCUUCAUCUCCUGUGGUCAAGAUGGCCGUGUGCUGAUGUGGGACAGGAGGAAGCCAAACAAGCCAGCAUCAAGAAUAGAUGCAGAGGCCCCCAGCUGCUCACCUACCACUGUAGCUUGGCACCCCCACCACAGAAGCACUGUUGUUUUUGGUGAUGAGCUGGGUAGAGUGACUUUGAAGGAUUUCCUGGGAACAGAGCCAGCCCGGGUGGAGAACGUCCACAGCCGCAGAGUUAAUGGGAUCUCAUUCUCCACACAUAGUGCCCCCUUGCUAGCCGCCAUUAGUGAUGACUGCUCCCUUGCUGUAAUGAACUCCGAGAUGCGAGAAAUACUGAGAGAUCAACGACACCAGGACUUUGUCAGAGGAGUGUGCUGGGUCCAGGGUGGCUCUAACACCCUCACAACUGUAGGCUGGGAUCAUCUUGUGCUUCACCACACGGUGGAUCCAGUUGCUGGAGCUCCCAACUCCUCCUCUUAGACCUAGCAGAUGGUCACACACCUUGGAAGAGCACGGUUUAAACUUGGUAAACUUGCCCCCUAUUUUUGAGGGGUGUAUCUAAAAAGUGAAAUUUGUUAGUGAGGAGGUAUGGAUUGAAGGUUUCAUUGUCGUUCAGUAUUCCAGUUAUGUGCACAAUAUCUGGACUAUACCUCCUAAUAUCUCCUCUUUUGGCCUUGGUACAUUACUGCUCGACUCUAUGAUAUGGUCUCUCUCUCUCCACUUCUUUCAUACUGCAGCAUUUCCAUUCAUGUGUAUUUACAUUUGAGGCAACCCAUUUGUAUUGCAUAAUUUUACAUUAAAGGUAACUUAAUGUGAUAGCAAGA